AUGCCAACAAUUAUGUUUUGGAGUCUCAUUAGUUGCAACUUAAAGUGUUCUAAUGUGUUGCCGUGUGUGAAGAACGAUGCCGUUAAUGAUGUAAGCGGCAGCUGUGCUCUGGAUACUGAAAGCUGGUUGCUGAAAGCUGAAAACUGA